GAGCGUGGGUGGAUUAGGUAAUGGGGGAUGCAAAAGUAACCUAUUUAUCCAUAGCCAUGACAGAAAUCUGACACGGUGCAGAAGAGCUGGCCGCUUUCCUAUGCUCUUGGACUUACUGAGAUGCCUUCUUCCUGCCCUUGAGGGACUACCUUCCAGAGGUGUCAGAAAGAGGGCCUGGGUGCUUCAGUUCUUCCGAAACCUAUUUGGAGGCAGCAGGCAUGUGACCCAAGAAGGGGAAAAACCUACGGCAGGUGUGAAAGAGAAAGAUGACAUCAAAAGUGAGCUCUUGGACUGUGCCCUGUCUGACACUGAAGUAGCCAUCCCAAGCCAAGAGCCUUCCGUUCCCAAGAUGACUUCAAGUGAAAUCUGCCCGGUGGUAAUGAGUAGCCCCACUGAAGAGCUCUCCCUGAUGAAGGAAGCAACUCUUGGAGACACUGCCCUUAAGGAUGAGAACAACGUCUCUGCUUUAUUUAACUCAACAAGGAUGGACCUAGGAGACACAGCCCCCUUUGCUGAAUCUAUGCUAAGUAACAAUGAAAGAGUUUCUGCUGCAGGAGAGGAGGACCACAAUUCUAGUGAUAGAGGAACACUAGGAAAGCAUGAAAUCACUCCAGUUACAUAUGCAGAAGAUGGAGUCUCAAUGGCUGCUGGAUCCAUGGCAGAUAUUAAGGAUUGUAAUGUUGAAGAUGAAACGGAACAUCUGCUGAAAGAAGAUGUACAAAAAGAAUCUCCAAAAUCGGAGCUCUCUCCCUGGAACAGACUCAUCAAUAUGUACAAGCAGCGCCGGAGGCUUCCUGCUUCUAAAGUGGCAAAUAACUCUUAUUUGCAGAUUCCACUGUGGCUACCCAUCCAGUCCAAUGUUCAGAUUAUUCCAACGCAACCAGUAACUGAAGAUGAAGCCACACUGGAUCUUAUGAUAUAUGGAAUUGCAAACCCCAGUGCUACAACAUCAAGUUCCCCUAAGGCUUUUUGCAUCUUAGAACUGCCUGAAAAUGAAAUUAGGGAAAUGGCUGAUGACCAUGAAAUAGCAUGUCAAGAUACAGGAUCAAAUGGUAGUCCGAAGCAUUUUCAGAGCAUGUUGUGAAAUAAUAUUGCUGGAUUCAACUUGAGUCUGACAGCAUUCCCCUUCUCAACUUUACACAGGGCAGAUCUACUGGAAAAAAGUAUUUUCUAUCCACCAGGACAUUUCAAAUUUUUGUGUAUUUUCUUCUUCUUCAUGGAACAAAUAGCUGCUCAUUAUCUAUGUUCUUUUAUUUUCUGUGGACUAAGUCUGUUAAUAUUAGCAGAUGUGUUUUAGCAUAUGUUUCAGACAGAUAAAUUGUUCUAUCCUCCCUCUCUCAAACUCUAUUGCUUCUCUUUCUUUCUUUCUCCUCCUAGAAUGCAGUUUUACAAUGAAUUUAUAUUUUUGUGUUGAGCAUUUAUCCUGGCACUUAGCUCAUUCACAAGACACAUGAUGCACUUCCCCAAUUGUCUAUUUUCCUGUCAAUAUUCUGAGUUUGGAUUGUUUUGUUUUUUUUUUGCCUGUGUUUAUAGCAGUUGUUUGGGAUAAUCACAAUUUCUAAACACUACUAAGUAAAAUAUUUUAUGAUUCAUCCUACAAAGAGUAGUUUUAAGGUCCAAUUGCAUGGAAUCGGUAGAGAAGCAAAACUACCUGGCUUGUGUAUCUAGGAAUGAAGCUGGGAAAGUUAUACCUUAUUGGAACAUUGUAAGGAGUAUGGUGCUGAUAAUGAAAAAAAAAAUAAAAAGAGACACUAAAGCAA